UCCAGCAUCUUCUUCUUCGGCAGCAUCUUCUUCUUCUUCGGCAUCAUCUUCUUCUUCUUCGGCAGCAUCUUCUUCUUCGUCUUCUUCUUCAGCAGCAUCAAAGCGGAGAUCGAAGCGGAGAUCUGAGCAGCGUCUAACUCGACUUCUCCCCCAUGUUGAUGAUGCUUACUACUCAAAAUCCGGGGCGCUUGGUUUUAUCGAUGAUGCUUUUCAUCUUACACGCGAGAAUACUUUUGAACCUAUAGAUAUUCUUUUAUCACAGAGGUUGCCUACUCCUAAGGAAUACGCGAAUUGGGAUCGCUAUAUGUCACAGCAUUUUUUUUUAAAAUGCGUUUCUGCCCUCUCGACAGACCACCUUUUUGCUGCUCAUCAUUGAUGGAACAGGCAGAGCGUAUGGAGUCUCCUCCACCCUCACAGGUGCUGAAACAGUUCUACGACAGACGGGGUGAGAGGCUUGAUGAAUACACUAAAGCCAGGCGGAGCGUUCGGUGGCCAUUUAAAUUUGGUUCUUAUCCUCCGGGGCGUGAACCUGAUCGUAUUCCUUAUCAUUUGUUUCUGCUGGUUAAGGAAGCAGAUGAUAUCAUGAGGAGCCGCAACAACCCUAAUGACGUGACACAAUUGGCGUUGGUUGAGAAGAAAAUUCGCUUUUUUUGUAAAUACUUCCACUGUCAUCUGCCUUGUGGCUGGGAAUACAAUCGGGAUAAUGCCAGUGAUGUUGUUGCCUGCUAUGACCCCACGCGCGUGCCUAGAUACAAUAUGGCUGGUUACACCCCUAUUUCUAUCUCCUCUUUGGGAGGGCGGAGCCCGGUGUCUGAGUAUGAUGAGCAGACCCUUCUCUCACGACAUGAGAUGAUUGUUGUUAUGUGUAUUAUUCACUCACGGAAGACGCCUACAGUUUGGAAAAUGGGCCGGCAGUUGGUGUUGUUCUACUGUAAAGUAUGUUCCUGCUUUGGUAUUGAUUACCAUCGUUUAGAGGCCGCUUCUGAGGAUGAUGUCUGCUUGAUGAAUGUGGGAUCAUACAACCUCUAGUUUCCAAGUCUUGAUAUUUCCAAGGGAUGUGUUUAUGGUACUAAUGAAAAACUACAACUUAACUUAAGAUGUUAUAUUUGAUGGUAAAGUUUAUGCGACUCGUUACUGAUUGUUAAGAAUUUGCUCUUUUGAGUUUAACUAUG